AUGGCGGGAUUGAAUAAACUUUCAGUUGACGCACUAGACCUGGCAAACAAAAGAGUUUUGAUGAGAGUUGAUUUUAAUGUACCUUUGAAAGAUGGUAAAAUAACAAAUAAUCAAAGAAUAGUAGCAGCAAUGGACACCAUUAAAUAUGCUCUGGAUAAAAAAGCUAAAAGUGUGGUCCUCAUGUCGCAUUUGGGCAGGCCUGACGGCACACCGAAUCCGAAGUAUUCCAUGAAACCCGUCGUCGAAGAACUCGAAAAAUUAUUAGGUAAAUCCGUUAUAUUUUUACCUGAUUGCGUCGGUCCUGAAGUUGAGCAGGCAUGCAGCGAUCCCGCUCCCGGUUCGGUUAUUUUAUUAGAAAACCUACGAUAUCACUUAGAAGAAGAAGGUAAAGGUGUGGAUGCUAGCGGUAAUAAAGCUAAAGCAGAUCCGGGAAAAGUGAAAGAAUUCCGACAGAGUCUCCGUAAAUUGGGAGACGUUUAUGUAAAUGACGCUUUCGGUACGGCACACAGAGCGCACUCUUCUAUGAUGGGCGAAGGUUUCGAUAAAAGAGCUGCCGGAUUUUUGAUGAAAAAAGAGCUCCAAUAUUUCGCUAAAGCCCUAGAUAACCCCGAAAGACCAUUCUUAGCUAUACUAGGAGGCGCCAAAGUUGCCGAUAAGAUACAAUUGAUCGAAAAUUUAUUGGAUAAAGUGAACGAAAUGAUAAUCGGAGGCGGCAUGGCUUAUACGUUCUUAAAAGAAAAUCAAGGUAUGGAAAUCGGCGGGUCUUUAUACGAUAAAGACGGAGCUCAGAUCGUACAGAAACUUUUAGAUAAAGCUAAAGAGAAAAACGUUCAAAUCCACCUACCCGUAGAUUUCGUAAUUGCCGAUAAGUUUGACGAGAACGCCAACUCGAGUUGUGCCACCGUGAAACAAGGUAUUCCUCCUGGUUGGAUGGGAUUGGAUGUCGGAACGGAUACAAUCGAACAAUUCCGUGAGCCGAUUAGACGCGCUAAAGUUAUAGUUUGGAACGGACCAGCCGGGGUGUUUGAAUUCGAUAAAUUUUCGUUUGGAACUAAAGCUAUAAUGGACGAAGUCGUUCAAGCUACUCAGAGAGGUGCUAUCACUAUAAUCGGCGGUGGUGAUACUGCAACUUGCGCAGCUAAAUGGAAUACCGAGGAAUCGGUAUCUCAUGUAUCGACUGGAGGUGGAGCCAGUCUUGAAUUGCUAGAAGGAAAAGUACUACCAGGUGUGGCGGCACUGUCGGAUCCUUAA